UGUCGUGGAACGCUCAGGAACAAUUGCGUCAUCAGAGGCAAAGAGCUUGGACUUGGGUGAGGCUGACGGGAGGCGUGGAGGUAGAGAGAUAAUGGUGCCGCAGGUGGGAGCCCUCUCCUUCUCUUGUUGUUUCCCUUCGAUUCAUCUUCUUCGUCUCCCUUCCAGCAGACGCCACCCCAAUAAACCUUUUACCAUGGCAGCAAAAAGUGAUGAUCCAGUCCGUGAAUGGAUUCUUACAGAAGGAAAAGCAAUGGAGAUUAAAAGGAUCAGUCCUAUCGGCGGUGGAUGCAUCAAUGUCGCCACCCGUUAUGAUACUGAUGCUGGUUCCUUUUUUGUUAAGACAAACAGGAGUAUUGGGCCAUCAAUGUUUGAAGGAGAAGCUCUUGGUUUAAGGGCUAUGUAUGAAACCAAAACAAUCCGUGUGCCUCAGCCAUUUAAGGUCGGAGCAUUACCACAAGGGGGUUCCUAUAUCAUUAUGGAAUUCAUUGAAUUUGGUUCAUCCAGAGGCAAUCAGUCACCUUUAGGAAGAAAGCUCGCUGAAAUGCAUAAAGCUGGGAAACCUGCUACGGGCUUUGGUUUUCCUGUGGAUAAUACCAUUGGCAGUACUCCACAGAUAAACACUUGGUCGUCGGAUUGGAUUGAAUUUUAUGCAGAGCAUAGAUUGGGUUAUCAGCUAAACUUGGCACUGAAACAAUAUGGUGACUCCACCAUUCAUGAAAAAGGUCAAAGACUGAUGAAGAAUAUGGGACAGUUGUUUGAAGGUGUUGUAAUUGAACCUUGCUUGCUACAUGGCGACUUAUGGAGUGGGAAUAUCAGCUCUGACAAGAAUGGCGAGCCUGUUAUACUAGACCCAGCAUGUUAUUAUGGACAUAACGAGGCAGAAUUCGGAAUGUCAUGGUGUGCUGGGUUUGGAGCAUCAUUCUAUAAUUCCUAUUUUGAGGUGAUGCCAAAGCAACCAGGAUUUGAGAAAAGGAGAGACCUUUAUAUGUUGUAUCAUUAUUUGAACCAUUACAAUUUAUUUGGUUCUGGUUACAGAUCAUCUGCCAUGUCUAUAAUAGAUGACUAUUUACGGAUUUUAAAAUCAUAAACGUUGGCAUAAUAUCUGUAGCCUUCUUGUAUAUGUAAGGUCUCCACAAGCUAAA